UAAACUGGCGAGUAGAUUGUUUCCAUGGCUGGGGCGCUUUUUCCCGGCAGUUCCAGCAGCAGCAAAAAGGGUCGCCAUCUUAUGCAAGAGAUGUGUUGAAGAUUCCGGCCGGGAUCCGGUUGAAAAGUGACAAAUUUAUUAAAAUGCUGGAUAUUGUUUAUUGUUUGCUACUUAUUUGAUAGAUUGCGCAACAAUUAAGCUCACUAAAAUAGUUUUUUAGCGCUAGAAAAGAUCUACAGUGAUUACGUAUUCGAUGAAACAGUGCAUAGUUACGUAAUGCAAAGCUGAAGUAGAAGAUUGCUGCUGCUUUACAGCAAGUAACUGCAAGUGUAUGUUCCUGCUUUGAACCGGCCUGAAAACAUAUUUAUGAGCAAAGUUUAUCAACGAUUACCAGCCGGCGAUCUUUCGGAGGUACCAGAUCGCCAAUACCAGCAAAUUAACUCAAAAUGUUCGUCUCGUCAGCAGCUCGUUUUGCUCCAGUCGCCCGCAACUUGGUGCUUAAUGGAACGAAAGCAUACCUCCGACCAUUGAGCAGUGCUAUCAUCAGCCAAAGCCAGACCUUGGCCGCACAGAACAGCACUCCCGUUGCUCUGCUGCCACAGGUUCGGUCAUUCCAGACUUCACCGGUCACCCGGGAUAUUGAUUCGGCCGCGAAGUUCAUUGGUGCUGGUGCUGCCACCGUCGGAGUCGCUGGAUCUGGUGCCGGUAUCGGAACAGUAUUCGGUUCUCUGAUCAUCGGCUACGCAAGAAACCCAUCGCUGAAGCAGCAGCUGUUCUCCUACGCCAUUCUGGGUUUCGCCCUGUCUGAGGCCAUGGGUCUGUUCUGUUUGAUGAUGGCCUUCUUGCUGCUCUUCGCUUUCUAAGUCUACACAAAAUUCUACAGCACGUUUUAAAUGCUACUAAAGUAACAUCAAUAUAUAAUUCGUAAUGAGAAGAAAACAAAAAAACAGUAAAAUCAAUAUUCUUCGAAUUGCAACCAACCGAGGCAUUGAAAUUUAAAAUCGAAAUCCAACAAGAAAAAAAACGCAAUAAUAAUUAUUGUGACGUGGAAGCCUGCCACGCACCGUUUGACGGAGGGAGUUAAUUGUUACAUACUAGCCAUGAAAAAAUUAUGAUGAGUAAAAGUUAAUUGUUACCCAAAACAAACCCACAACAUCUAACGCGGAAUAGAGAACAUCAAGCUGCCAUCACGACAAAAUUUGCGCCCUACGUUCCCCCUCUACGAGAUAACAUCUUUUAAUCGAAUAUCGCGAAUAGACUACCAAACAUAGCUAGAGAGUUAAGAGGGCGCGUGCGUUUUCAUUCCAUAAUUGUUUCAUGGAUAUUCCUAACAAGCUUAAAGUCACACCUCUGAACUUAACUAACCAAUACGAAUUAACAUCAGACUAUUCAGAAUUAAGAGAAAAGAAAAUGUUAGGCGAAAACUAAAAAAAGAAAAGCGAAGAUGCUUUAAAACUGUAGAUAUUUGAACCGAAUUCAACUUGCUACUCGAAACGCGCGAGACGAUAGCUCGGAAGUUACCAUCAUUAUCAUCAGUUGGCGGAAAGAAUUGCGGCUUGCAAUCCAUUCGGUUCGUCUCUUGCGCUAAUUUGGGAGGAUUACGUUAGGGACUAACACCACCCUCUUCUAGCCUGGUUAGAUACGGGUGACAGGCAUGCGUUCUUUCCCGUCCAUCGGGGCUUCAACAACAACAACAACAACAAAUGCUAAGAAUUGCACUUUGAACAGCUGAGUUUAUUGUAUUAGUAGAUGGGUGAACAACCGUAUGGAAUAAAAGAGCAACAGACUAGUUACAGGUACAAAAACCGAGGAUAAGAAAAA